AUGAGAACCGUACGGCUUGGAGUCAUCGUGCCUUCGUCGAAUACCGCGCUAGAGCCGCUGACAAAUGCCAUCGUCUCGUCCAUCCACUCCGAAGGCCUGGCGAUCUCGGUGCACUAUUCUCGAUUUCGCGUCACCACGAUCGACAUCUCGCCCAAUGCAAACGCCCAGUUCGUUCUGGAACCAAUACUGGCCGCGGCGAGGCUGCUGGCGGAUGCCAAAGUCGAUGUGAUUGGCUGGGGCGGCACGUCAGCGGGGUGGCUGGGCUUUGAACAUGAUGAGAGGCUCUGUGCGGCUAUUGAGGCCGAGACGGGCAUCAAGGCGACCACGUCAGUCCAGUCACUCAACGCACUCAUGCGCAGCCUGGGUGUGACCUCGAUAGGGCUGGUGACGCCGUACGUCAAAGGCAUGAACGAUGUGAUCCGCUCCAACUACGCCGCCAUCGGGGUAGACAUCAGCGCGAACUGGGAGCGCCAUCUGGGCUUCACAGACAACACUGAGAUUGCGCAAGUCAACGAGACUACUCUGGACGAAAUGGUGAUGGAUGUGGCAGCCAAUGGCGCGCUGGUACUGACGACCUUCUGCACCAAUCUCUUCGCCGCACAGCGCGUCGAGCACUGGGAGAAGUGGCUGCGGGUGACGGUGCUGGAUUCGGUCAGUACGACGGUGUGGGGGAUGCUGAAGGCGGCGGGAGUAGACACGCGUCUGGUGAAGGGAUGGGGGUUUAUGUUCGAGGUGGAUUGA